AUGAGAGAUGAAUCAAUUCUAGUGAAAUCUACCAAGGGGGUGACUUUUCUAAUGUUCACUCAAUUGUUUACCAAGAUCUUAACAUUUUUACUAAAUAACCUAUUGAUUAGAUAUUUGUCACCAAAAAUUUUUGGAAUAACUGCAUUUUUAGCAUUUUUACAAUCAACCGCACUAUUUUUCAGUAGGGAAGCAAUUAGGUUAUCAACUUUAAGAAUAUCCAAUUCAAACGUAAGGGAAAAACAACAGGAAAAUGAUGAACUUAGUUACAACUCCAAUAAUAAUCAUACUGAUAGCGAUGCCGAAAUUUACGAUUAUGAUAAUAACGUUUUCCAAAGUAUCAUAAAUUUCUCAUAUAUUCCUAUUGCAAUUGGAUUCCCGUUAUCUUUAAUAUUAGUAUUUUGGCAAUAUAAUAAAUUGAAUGAUUAUUUUAUCAAUUUGCCAUAUUUCACCUUAUCAAUUUUUAUAUUGUGGUGCAGUAUCAUAAUAGAACUAUUAGUUGAACCAUUUUAUAACAUCAACCAAUUUAUGCUAAAUUACAAGACUAGAUCUCAAUACGAAGGAAUUGCUGUAACCAGUUCCUGUAUAAUAAAUUUUCUAGUCGUUUAUUUACAUGAACAUAAUCAUAACAAAAUGUUGUCCAUUUCUCCAUCUUCUUCCUCCACUUCUUCUUCUUCUUCUUCCACCUCUUUAGCUGAGCUAGGAAAUGGUCAUGACAUUUUUAGCGAAGAAGGAAUAGCUAUUUUAGCCUUUGCAUUUGGCAAAUUAUUUAAUUCAAUCACCCUAUUAGUGUUGUAUUAUCGUAACUAUUUAACUUCUUUUAAACCUUACAGAAAGUUUCAACUAAAAUUGGUUCGUAUUAAACACGGUGGUAGUGGCAACAAUGCGGGUAGUAAUUCAUUAACAGGUUAUUAUUUUGAGAAUAAUAUCAUAGAGCAUUUCAAAAAGGUCUAUUUCCAGUUAUGCUUUAAGCAUUUAUUAACUGAGGGUGAUAAAUUGAUUAUCAACUCUUUAUGUACAGUUGAAGAACAAGGCAUUUACUCCCUACUAUCUAAUUAUGGUUCAUUAGUUACGAGGUUAAUUUUUGCGCCAAUCGAGGAGACUUUAAGAUUAUUUUUAACAAGAUUGUUGAUUAAUAAAACCAACCAUAAUUUAAAGUUGUCAAUGGAAGUUUUGAUUAAUAUCACCACAUUUUAUUUGUAUCUAACUAUAAUUAUUGUGAUAUUUGGACCAAUAAACUCUUCAUAUAUGAUGAGAUACUUGAUUGGUAGUAAAUGGUCAAGCACGUCGGUAUUAGAAACCAUAAGAGUUUAUUGUUUUUACUUGCCGUUUUUAUCGUUGAAUGGUAUUCUAGAGGCCUUUUUCCAGAGUGUUGCUGAUGGUGACCAAAUUCUAAAGCAUUCAUAUUUAAUGAUGCUGCUGAGUGGAGUUUUUUUAUUAAACUCGUGGAUUUUAAUUGAAAAAAUGAAAUUAUCACUAGAAGGAUUAAUUUACAGCAAUAUUAUUAAUAUGGUUUUACGUAUAGGAUAUUGUGUGUUAUUUAUUAAUAAAUUCUACAAGGAAUUGUUUUCUGGGAAAUCUUCUUUGAUUGUGAAUUUUAAAAACUUCAAGAAAACUAUUAUUUUGAGUGGAAUUAUAGGGGUGUUUGAUUGGUAUUUUUUGGGUGGAUAUACGAAAAACGUGAAAGAGUUGGUUAUAAAUAUUGGCUUAGCAAUGCUGAUUGUUUUUUUUAUCAUUUAUAACGAAAGAAAGAUGAUAUUAAGUUUUGUGAAAUUCAGAAGAGAGAAAACUAACUAA